AUGGAGGCUUUUACGGUGUUGAUCAAACGACAAAUCCAAGUGGGCGCUCUCCAUGGCUAUAAGGUGGCUAGGAGAGGACCAAUCAUCUCUAGCUUACUCUUUGCAGAUGAUAGUCUUGUUUUCUUCAGGGCGACCACUGGUGAAGCUGUUGUUAUGGAUGCUGUGGUGAAGGAUUUUGCAUGUGCCUCGGGUUUGGAGAUCAACUGUAGAAAGUCUUCCAUUAUAUUUAGCAAAAAUACACCUUUAUUGGUACGUGCCCAGGUUGGCCAUAUCCUUGGAGUACGGGAAGCGACAAGGCAGGUGAAAUAUCUGGGUCUUCCAUUAGUUUUUGGAAGAAAAAAGUUGGCUGCUUUUCAAUUCAUUCGGGACAGGGUUAGGAGUCGCUUGAACAUAUGGAAUCAACGGUUUUUAUCUCGUGCGGGUAAGAUGAUUCUGUUGAAGGCGGUUGUUCAGGCAAUUCCUAACUAUUGUAUGAAUGUUUACCUUCUACCAAGGGUUCUCUGUCGAGAGCUUGAACGGAUGAUGAACUCCUUCUGGUGGAACAACAAUCGUGGCCGGGGUAAAGGUAUUAAUUGGUUAUCAUGGGGGUCAAUGUGUGCUCCAAAGGAAGUUGGAGGGCUGGGUUUUAGGUGUCUACAUGAUUUUAAUGUUGCCCAACUUGGAAAGCAGGCAUGGAGACUACUACUACAUCCUCAGUCUUUGGUUGCCCAGGUGAUAAAGGCGCGGUAUUACCCUCAUUGCUCUUUCUUGGAGGCCCAGGUGGGACACAAUCCGAGUUUCACUUGGCGUAGUAUCUUGGCUUCACAACCUUUAAUUCGCCAAGGUGUUCGUUGGCGAGUUGGGAAUGGCCAGACUAUUCAUAUUUGGAACAUUGCAUGGCUACCAGAUGAUCAUUGCCCAUAUGUUACCUCUCAACAUGUUUUGGAUACGUCUUUAGAGCAUGUGGCGGAUCUAUUUCAGCAGGAUGGGAGUGGGUGGGAUUUGCGGAAGCUUGGGGAAUUCAAUGUCCGUGAUAGGGAGUUGAUUCUACAGAUCCCACUUAGCUUUCAACAACCACCGGAUUCAAUCUUUUGGUGGCCGGAGAGGUCAGGCCGGUAUACAGUGAAGAGUGCUCAUCACCUUGCUUCUUUGGGGGGCAUCAUCGAGGAUGGCAACUUACAAUUAGUAGUUUGGGCACGGAUCUGGAAAUUAUGCAUUCCUCGGGCUGCACAGGAAUUCAUGUGGCGGAUGGUAAAGGACUGCUUACCAACAAAGUUGAAUCUUAUUCAGAAACAUGUUGAUUUGGAUCCUUGUGCUUUGUUCUCAAUUUUAUGUUGGCGUAUAUGGCGCCACCGAAAUGAGGUGCUGUGGAGGGGCAAAUUUGUGCAGCCUACUGUUUUGACGAAUUCCGCAUAUCAUUUCUUACAUCGUUGGCAGGAGGAGCAAUGGGCAAGGGUCGCAUCGGAUGUGCGUAUUGUCCCUCAUGGGGCUGCAAUAGUGUGGUCUCCUCUUCCUUCAGGUUGGCUAAAGAUGAACACUGAUGCUGCUGUCUCAGCUAUUGGGGGACACGUGGGGUUGGCUUGGAUUCUACGAAGUCCGGACUUGUCGGUGGUUGCCGCGGCAGCUAUUCCUAUUGCUAGGGUGUUAAAUGUCGAGCUGGCGGAGGCCUUAACCAUUCGGGAGGCUCUCUCUUGGUUGAAGGAUAAUCAUUUUAGUAAUGUUUAUUUGGAAUCAGAUGCACAACAGGUCAUCACAGCGAUUCACAAUUCAGAACUUGUCCAUUCUGAGUUGGAUUUGAUUGCUUCUGAUUGUAUGUGUCUUCUUUCUUCUUUGGCAAAUGUUAGUUGCGUGUUUGUCCGGCGAUCAGCAAACAUGGUGGCAGAUGCGUUAGCAAAAACUGCUUGUUCUUUGUCUGAUCGCAUGCUUUGGGAGAAUACCACUCCCCCUAUGUUAUCUUCUUUUUUUAAUGAGUAA